CUGGCUUUUGAAGGUUUCCACGCCACCUUUCCACCCCUAGCAGCAGGCAAGACGGCUUGCAACACAAGAGGUCCCUGGCAGAAGAGCCACGUGCGCACCUGCACCACCUGCCAGCUCAGCCCGGGGCUCCCCAAUUCACCUUCCAGCUCCCCGCUGACCCCAUCACCAGGUGGGUCUUCCCCGCGCUCGGGAAUCAGCCAUCGCCACUAUUUUGGCCCAACGGCGCUCCCGUAGGCCCUCUCCUUUCCCCUCCUCUCCGUGGUUUCCUCUCUGGCUCAUCCCGUGCGCGGCUCUUCCGCAGGGACGGCGAGCGCCCAGGGCCAAAUCGCAGCGCGGAGUGUGACUCGCCCUCUUCUUUCACUGUAAUAAGGCUUGUGUGAUGGCCACAGACACCAUGGAGCCUGUCGUCCUUAACUGCAAAGGAGACCAAAGGUGCAACACCAGGGCAGAUGCUAACUACCCCCUGCGAGUUCUGUAUUGUGGAGUCUGCUCGUUGCCAACAGAGUAUUGUGAAUACAUGCCUGAUGUGGCAAAAUGCAGACAGUGGCUAGAGAAGAAUUUUCCAAAGGAGUUUGCAAAACUGACUGUAGAGAACUGUCCUAAACGAGAAUCCGGGACUGGAGAAGGUCAAGGGACAGCUGGAGAAGAGGAAGAGAAGAAAAAGCAAAAGAGAGGUGGAAGAGGUCAGAUAAAACAGAAAAAGAAGACCGUGCCUCAAAAAGUUACGAUAGCAAAAAUCCCUCGGGCGAAAAAGAAAUACGUCACGAGAGUCUGCGGUCUUGCAACAUUCGUGACCUUGCCCCAAGGGUGGAGACUCCUCAAGUCUCUGCAUGAGGGCUGGGAGAAGUGGGAAGAUUCAUUCCCCCCCCUCCUCCCCCCCAAGUCAUUGCAUGAAACUUUUCAGAUCUUGGCCUCUUCCAUGUGUUCAGAAGUGAAGGGCCGGUACUGGGUAGUACUGUGA